UGCUCAGGCUCCUCCCUGGUUUCUAAUGCUGACAUUUAAUCAGGAGACUCUCCCGGGAAUGAGCAGUUGCUGGGAGUCUCUAUCCUCGUGUAGAUGAGGCCUGUGUAUGACAGCUUUCCCUGGUGACUGAGCAGCAGUUUCAGCAGAUUGGAGAGGAGGAUAUUCUGGACUCGACAGUGACUGCACAAACGUGCCAGAGUUUGUGAGAACAAUGGAGGAAACUGGAUCAUCCUCAUUGCUGGGAAUCAAUCCCGUCCCUGUCAUUGUCAUUGGGAAUGGACCCUCAGCCAUUUGUCUAUCCUACUUCCUGUCUGGAUAUCGGCCUUACUUCAAGGAAUCUUCAAUCCAUCCUAAUCCUAUCCUUCAACGGAAAUUGGAGGAGAACAUGGGAAUAUCCAUCAUUGAAAAGGAUUUGGAGUUCCUGUCUGAAGGGCUGGAAGGCCGUUCCCACAAUCCAGUCGCCGUUCUCUUUGAUUCCCUCCUGCGCCCUCAUGCUGAUUUCGGGGUAUCCAUGGACUCGGUGCUAAGCUGGAGGCGAGAACCUAACCAUUACAUUCCUCAUCUGGUUCUGGGCAAGGGACCACUGGGAGGGGCUUGGCAUUCUAUUGAGGGAUCCAUGUUCACCCUCAGCCUUGGUGACUGGAUGGAGCUGCCUGAUCUCCCCUUCAGAGACUGGAUGAGAGUCAAGAGAAGGUGCCUGCGGAAUGACAGGGCAAUGACAGCAGAUGUUGCCCAUUAUUACCAGCAUUACGCCAAAGCCAAGGGGCUGCGGGAGAAUUUUGUGUGUGGCACUAUCGUGACUUCAGUGAGAAGGGUCAGUCCAAGUACCAGUGAGGAAAACCAAGAACAGAUGACCAUAGACAAUAUAGCAGGAGCACAUACCUCUCUCCAAUCCCCCCACAAAAGCCUGUUUGAGGUGAAUGGUUACAGCAAAAUAAAGGAUGGGUCAGAUAAGGCUUUCUGUGUCUAUGCAGAGAAGGUUGUACUUGCAACCGGGACAUAUGACAGCCCUACUUGGCUUGGAAUCGAUGGUGAAGACCUUCCAUUUGUUUACCACACAACAUCAGAACUAGAAAAAAUCCUCAAGGACCAAGAGAGAAGGGUGAACUUUGACCCAAUUCUGAUUGUAGGGGGUGGCCUGACUGCAGCAGAUGCUGUCAUCGGUGCUCACCAUAGCAAUGCUUCAGUGAUCCAUGUCUUUCGUAGAGGGGUCAAUGACCCAGGCUUGAUCUUCAACCAGCUUCCCAAAGUGAUGUACCCAGAGUAUCACAAAGUUCACCAGAUGAUGACCCAGCAGUCUUGCACCACUUCGGGGCCCUAUGACGGAUACCUCAGUCUCCCCAAACACCAAGUGCUGUGUCUAACCCCCAACAGGAAGUGCAUCAUUCAGGACCUGACCUCAGGAGAAAGAAAGACAUUCAACAUCUCCAUGGCUUUAAUCCUGAUUGGCACAAAACCCAACUUGACAUUUCUGCCCAAUCAGGGAAGGUCAUUAGCAGCCAAAAUGGAGCUCCCAGUUAAUAGCAAACAUAAUCCUCUAGACGUGGACUGCUACACGUAUGAGUGUGUACAGGAGCGGGGGCUCUAUGCUCUUGGCCCAUUGGUGGGAGAUAAUUUUGUCCGUUUCCUGCAAGGAGGGGCUCUGGCUGUUGCCAGUGCUCUGUUUAAGGAGAGACAUGAUACUCAAUCUCCAACCCACAGGCAGCCUCUGAUUAGCUGACAUUGAGGUGUCCACAAUGAAGCUUUGCUGGAGGAUAAAUUGUUCAGGUCAGUGUAGGGCCACUGUCAGGAUCUCCAACUGUCUUUUCAUUCACUCCAGCUUAAAGGUGCCUUCCAGGCCAUGGGUAUAAGUCUAAACCUGCUUCUAAAUCCAGGUUGGUGCUACUCUUUGUCUGUCUAUAGAGGGUGAUGUAACUGAGAUGGGUAACUCAGCUACUGAACCCAUACUACAUGAGGAAAUGGCAGCCAGCACUGGCUGCCUGGCUUGGGUGGUGUUGGCAAUAGUUCUGGCAUCAACGUAUUCAAGAUAACCGCCAUCACUGCGCCAAACCAGUCCAAUUUAGGCUUAAAGUUUGUUAAAGUUCCAGGUUAUUUAAGGGGAUUAUUAACCCUUUCACACUUGACUGGAUCUCAGUAACACCCCACUUCUGUUUCUCCAUGCGUCUGGAAACCCCAGACACCCUAGAAAUUCUAGUCAGAUACCAUGGAAAUCCCAGGGAGACACUAUGGGAACGAGAGAGAGAAACCAAUAGUCGGACAGCCUGGGAAUCCAAGACAGAUACCCAGGGUUGGCUGGGGUCUCUGAGUUGUUCUUGCUGUGGUCUGGUGGGUCAUACAGAGUCUUUGACUGACACACCAUUCAGUGGCAGAGAUUUCUGUUCUAACUUGAAUCUUGAUAUCCUGAUUGUGUAAUGUAAGUUCUUAAUUAUUGAACAUAAUUUCCUUUUUAAUAACACCUACAGUUUGUAAAGAUUAAAAUUAUUUUAAUAAAGCACUAUUUUACAAUGAA